AUGCAGGACAAGAACCACAUCUCUUCCUCCUCUUUUAAAUCAGCACUCGACAUCUGGCGACAGGAUAUUCCCCGAUAUGGAUCCAAUAAUGUCCAAUACGGCUAUCUGCACCCUAUGUGGAUGCGAAAGCUGUACGAUUACAGCCUCUUGAUACUAAUGGAAGGGAAAAGGAACUUUGUCGAGGAUGGAGUAGAAGAAUUCCUUGCUGCGAUUGUCGAUGUCUGUAUCAACUUCCGAAUACUACAGGAAGAGGGCCAUGUCAUGUGUUAUACCUGGUCUGCGCUCGUCUUCCAGUUCCGCGCCGGAAUUAUGCUUUUGUAUGUUGCCUGGGCAACAAAGUCUAUGGCUGAUACCCGCAAAGCCAUUGAUGCUUGUGCGAUGAACUUGGCUGGCUUUGUAGACCGUGGAACGGAUGCGAUGCCCUAUAUGCGGGUUUAUGAGUUCCUUAGACAAAAGGUCCUGUGGACUGCUGGUGUAGAUGAACCCGAGAACGAUAAUCUGCUGUUGUUGGAAGAGGCUGAAACCCAUCUAGAGAAGUUAAAGAAGGGGUAUUUACAUCGAGCGGUGCUGAGGAUGGUUGAAGAUAUUAUGUAUGCGGGAACUAUCCAGCCAUUUCCCGAGGAAGUCUAG